AUUUUAAUCCACAGUGGAAGCUCUAUGUUCAUAAUUCAUGCUGCUUCUCCCCAACCCUUGAAAAUCCCCUAAAUCUCUCCACCCACAAAUAAUUUGUUGGCUGCCUUUACACAUUUGAAAGCGAAGAACUUCAGAUCACGCUGCAUUACAGUCGCCACCAGUCACAUCUCAGACUCUCUGCAGGAUGCAAACCAGCGGAGACAAGAUGCUGUAUGGAUUCUUUAUAUUUUCUUUUGGGAUUUUCAUGGACGUGGGAUUAUGUACUGCAGUGCAAACAGAAUUGAGAAUCACAACUAUAAUGCAAGAGCCAUAUACAAUUUCCAAGGGCACACACCUGGAGGGCUUCUGCAUGGACCUGCUGUCUGAAGUGGCCAAGAGAGUGGGCUUCAAGUACAGAGUGCACCUGGUGAAAGACAGUUCAUACGGCCGGCAGGAUGACACCGGGAACUGGAAUGGCAUGAUUGGAGAGGUCGUGAGAGGGGAGGCGGAUCUUGCCAUUGCGCCGCUAACUCUCACUGCAGCUCGGGAGAGAGUUGUGGGCAUGACCAAACCGUUCAUGCAAACGGGAAUCAGCAUCCUACUAAGGAAGGACUUCUCAGAGGAAUCCGGCGUCUUUGAUUUCCUGACCCCCUUUACGGCCCAGACUUGGGUUGGCAUACUCAUCGCCUAUGUGGGGACCGCUGCGGCCAUCUUCAUAGUCGCCAGACUCAGCCCGUGUGAGUGGCGCCAGCCUCAAAGUGAGGAGAACAGAUUCAGCCUCCUCCACAGCCUGUGGUACACAGCUGGAGCUCUCACUCUGCAAGGUGCUGGUCCUCACCCCAAAGCUCUGUCAGGGCGCGUCAUUAGCUGCAGCUUGUGGCUGUUCACUAUCGUCCUCCUGGCUUCUUACUUCUCCAACCUCAGCUCGUUGAAGAGCCCUGAAUCCUCUCAGCUGAUGGUGAAAGGGUUCGAAGACUUGGCCAAUCAGGAUACAACUGAGUAUGGCUGCCUCGCUGGCUCAUCCACCCUUGCCUUCUUCAAGAAUUCAAACAACCCAGUGUAUCGCAGAAUCUAUGAACACAUGGAGAGAAGUAAAAGUUUUGUGUCGUCCAUGGAUGAGGGUGUCCGGCGUGUGAAAGAGGGCAACUACGCCUUCAUCGGAGAGUCUGUCUCUCUGGACUUGGCAGUAGCACGGUACUGUGACCUGGUUAGAGCUCAUGAAGUCAUUGGCAUGAGGGGCUACAGCAUUGCUACCACUAUUGGGUCUCCACUCAUAAAGAACCUCAGUGUGGCAAUCCUUCAGCUGAGUGAGGCUGGAGAGCUGGCUUAUCUGCAAAGCAAGUGGUGGGCCAGCAGCUGCACGGCAGACAGGGCCAAGUCUUCGGCUGUGCAGCUGCAUGACCUCAGAGGGAUGUUCCUGGUUCUUUCCCUGGGUGUAGGGCUGGGAGCGCUGCUGGCUGUUCUGGAGCUCACCUCCAAGAGUCGCAGAACUGCAGACGUGCAAAGGAAAUCCUGCUGCACUGUGCUGACUGAAGAACUGAGUCUGCGCUUGAGGUCCGCCGGUGCCAGCACAUCCUCCCAGGAAAACACUGACAUAAAUAAAGAAAAGGCAUAGAAGUGAUGUAGGAACUAGGAUCACUUUGUAAUAUCUGACAGAAACAUUAACAUAGUACUUUAUUUUUGAACGUUCUAACUUUUACAAAAAAAACCUCACACUUCAAUAAAAUAAUUAGUUUAUUGAUCAACACUUGACUUUAUCAAAUACAUACUACAGUUUGAAAAAAGCAAACAUUAUAGUGAAGAAAAUUGAGAAAAUUCUGAUUAACAAAAAGCAAUCAUGUAUUUUUUCACAGUUGGCAAUGGCAUUACAUGAUUUACAUUUUUGAUAUUAAUUUUUUAUUUUUAAAAAAUGAUUUCGACCCUGCGAUGGACUGGUGACCUGUCCAGGGUUUACCCCGCCUUUUCGCCCCAUGUCACUGGGAUUGGCUCCAGCUACUCCCCGACCCAUGUGGAAGGUUAGGCGACAAUGAAUGAAUGAAAAAUGAUUUUUGUCCCAUGAAUACAAAUAUGGAUUAUAAACACUACAGCCAGGCCUAAGACAACAAAUAAACAUGGUCUAACUGUGAA